AUGCAAGCUUUUGCUGGGCCUGCGUGGGCGCAUGGUCUUCGCGGAGCGCGCGCCCAGCUGAUCUCAGGGACGGGCCGCGGGUCUGCGCCGAAAGCCUCGGUACCCCAACGCCAGUCAGCUUCCUUGGCGGGAGUCUCCGUGGCCCUCUUUGGCGCGGCCAAGCUCGCUGCGCCCGCAAGGAAGGACCUUUCAAGGCGAGGCCAACGAGAAAUGCGGCGCCUCGUAGCAACGGCCGCAGAGGUGAGGCCCUACGGCGAGUGGGUUUCGCCGAUCACAUCGAGUCUCAUCACUGCCGGAACGGUGAAGUUGGCAGCUGUGACAUGUGGACCCGAUGGGACUGUGUACUGGUUGGAGGGGCGACCGCAGGAAGGUGGACGUCAGGUCGUUUGUUGCAACCGCGCGGGGAAGAAGGAGGUCAUUCCCGAUGAGGUGAACGCCCGAACUCGCGUGCAUGAGUAUGGUGGAGUUCCAUACUGGCUCGGCCCAAACGGCAAAGACCUGAUCUAUGCGAAUUUCAAAGACCAGAGGCUGUACUGGUUAAAGGGCGACGAGGGAGAAGAGCCCUUUUGCCUCACACCGUCCAGCGCCUAUGAGGAGGAUGUGCGAUACCGCUUUGCAGAUUGCGUGCUCGACAUGAAGCGAAACCGCUUGAUUUGUGUGAGGGAGGACCACACGACCAAAGACGUCACCAACACUAUCUGCGCCGUGUCUCUGGACGGUAGCGGCGACAUGGUUGUGUUGGCAGAGGGCUGCGACUUUUAUGCAGCGCCGCAACUCCACCCAGAUGGGUCACAAUUGGCCUACAUUUGCUGGAACCAUCCUUCCAUGCCCUGGGAGUCAACGGAGCUGCGCCUGGCGAAGGUCGAAGCCGAAGGGGCGCUGACCGGCGAGGAGGUGAUCUGCGGUAGCUCCAGCGGCGGCGAGGCAGUGUCUGUCUUGCAACCUCUCUGGUCGCCCGAGGGCAAGCUGCAUUUCAUCGCCGAUACCUCGGGCUGGUGGAAUCUUUACACCUAUGGCUCGGAGGGCAUCGUGCCCCUCUUAGCCAAGGAUGCUGAAUUCGCUGGCGCUGCUCCUGGCUGGCAGCUGGGCCAGAGGAACUACUGCUUCCUCGAAGACGGCAGCUGCAUCGCCUGCUUCUCCGACCCCGACCGUGGGGCGAGCCGUUUGGUGUGCCUCUCACAGGGCAGCGCCAAAGAGUACGGGCAGGAGGAGGGCCUUCCCCUUUACUUUGGCGGCGUCCGCGCCAGCCCCGAUGGCAAGACUCUUCAUUUUCUCGGGGGCGAUCCCGCAACUCCUCCAUUCGUGUUCUCAUGGACGCUGCCCUCGGGCAGCGGUGCUGGGGAGAUGACCACGAUCGCUAGCUCCAUGAAGAAAGAGGCUCAAGUGGAUUCCGCGUACAUCAGCAAGCCAGAGCUCGUCGAGUUCCCGACCGGAAAUGGCGACACCGCCUUCGGCUUCUACUACGCCCCCAGCAACGGCGACUUCCAAGCGCCGGAGGGAUCCCCGCCGCCGCCGCUGCUGGUGAAAGCGCACGGCGGGCCAACCGCACAGACCUCCAUCGUCUUCAAUCCUGCGAUGCAGUACUGGACGAGCCGCGGCUUCGCGGUGCUGGACGUGGACUACAGGGGAAGCACAGGCUAUGGCAGGGCCUAUCGCAUGAAGCUCCAGGGGAACUGGGGCGUAACGGACAUCGAGGACGUUUGUGCUGGAGCAGAGUACCUGGUCCAGAAGGGCCUGGCUGACCCCAAGCGCUUGGCCAUCGACGGCGGCUCUGCCGGCGGCUACACCACCCUCGGUGCCCUGGCCUUCCGCGAUGUCUUCAAAGCGGGCUGUUCGAUGUAUGGCAUCGGAGAUCUUUCAGCCCUGGCGGGCGACACCCAUAAGUUUGAGAGUCGCUACCUCGAUGGCUUGGUGGGCCCAUACCCGGAGAAGAAGGACGUCUACGAGGAGCGUGCGCCCAUCCGGCACACCGAUCAGCUCUCUUGCCCCAUUCUUCUGCUGCAGGGUGCUGAGGACAAGAUCGUGCCACCCAACCAGGCAGAGCUGAUGUACGAUGCGGUGAAAGCCAAGGGCCUCCCCUGUGCCCUCAAGAUCUAUGAGGGGGAGCAGCAUGGCUUCCGGAGGAGCGAAAACAUCGAGAACGCGCUGAACUCUGAGCUCGCGUUCUAUGGCAAGGUCUUCGGAUUCCAGCCUUCCGCCGGGAAGGAUUUGGAGCUUCCCGAGCUGGAAGUGGUGAACCUGCCAUGA